AUGCCACCGGCCUCCGAGAGCGACGCGCUGCUGCGUGGCCGACACCGUGAUCAGUUUGCCAAGCUCGAGCAUCGACAGCAUCGUGCAAGUCGACGACGUGCUCGUCGUGGAUCCACUUUGUUGAGGCUGUGCAGCUGCUUCCGAGCGCUCGUAACUGGACCAUGCUCUGGUCUUGUGGUCGCAAUUGCUGGACUGUUGGUGCUCGUUGGUGUCGCGUGCUCGACGAUCGCUUUGGUGGGGAGCUACAGUGCCGACGAGUACUUGCUACUAGGAGCUAUUGCCUCGGGGGCGUUCACUCUGGUGAUUAUCGUGGCGUUCGUCAUGAGUCCUGUCGUGAGGGCCCACCCGAAUCCGCUGAUCUUCAGUAAAAGCUUGGUGGAUCUACUGCUGGCCGUGAUCUACAUGGCAGAAUACUGCGUGACGGAAUUCUCGGACUCGGUCGAACUGCCGUUUCGUAUCGCUGCCAUCACCCAAGCGCUGUUGAUUGCAGGCGAGUUCUGGUUCUUUGCAAUUCCGAUCGAUAUGGUGCAGUCGAUUACAAACCCGUUCACGUCGUACACGCACAAUUUCAGGGCGUACUGGUUCUACUCGGUGCUCAGUGGUGUUGUGUCUGGACUUGUGCUAUGGUCGCUCGGUGAUCCUGAGGUGGACUGCCUCGUGAUGGACAAUAUGAACCCGGACUGCGCGAAAACCACCAGCGACAAUGAACAGCGGUUUAUCUGGUUUCACCACAAUACGGACAUGCCAGGAUUUUUCUGGCAUCAGUGGAUUCUGUAUCAUGUGUGCGUCGUGGUAUAUUUGCUCUUUGGUCUCGCGUGCAUGGUAUACGUUCGCAUCCGGUUACGUCGCGGCCUGGAAGAGACAUUCGAAGUGCGACGUCGUGUGCUCUCUAAUGGCAUGCUCACGUGCGCGGUAUUCAUUUCAUGGUCUUUUCUGACGAUCUGUCUCUUUACAAUGACUAAUACCGCGCAAGUAAAGUCCGUGCUGGGAACAAUCUUGUUUCAAGAACUGAUCGACUUGAGCGCGUUUCUGCAUGCUUCGCGUGGGUGUGUCAACAUUAUUGUCUGGAUUGUGGUCAAUGCGCCCUUUUUUCCUUCUUUUUAUUCCGAGGAACCAGUAGAUUCGACACUGCCGUCACCUCACAAGGACGGAUCAAUGAUGGGAGAGUCGUUUUCGACAUGUGGUGAUAAUAGUUCAGUUUGCACUGAAGCAAGCGACCUUAAGCGCGAUGAUUCGCAUGAUGGAUUCAUGAACCCGCAGCUGAACGUGGCAUUGCGGAGGCAGAUGAUUCAGAUGGCAACAAACGGCAUCAUUGAGUCAGUUCAGCACUAUCACCGGAUGCGACGAGCAAACGGAAACAAUCACACCUUCCAACUGGACUGGCAACGGUCACCUCAACGAAGCAUGAGACAGCUGAUAUCGUCCUUGUCAUUCAGCAGAAGUGUGGGCUCGAUGACCGUUCCUCCGCGAUCAAUGCCAAUGUUGCGAGAAAUGAGAAAUUCAAACGUACGGGUUGUGGAGGAACCUUGCGACAAUCCGCGCCACAUGGGCUUCACAUUCAUUCCCAUGACUUUGACGGAAAUGCAAUUCUACGAUUUUCAGCCGCGUGUGUUUGCAUCUAUCCGCCAACUGUAUGGUGUCAAUGAUGUAGAGUACAUCUUUGCGUUUCGCACUACGAUCAAUGAACGGAUCAGUGAAGGUCGAAGUGGCGCGUUUGUUUUCAACACAUGCGAUCGUCAGUAUUUGGUUAAGAGCACUACCUCCAAAGAAAAGGAGGUGCUGCUGAGACUGCUGCCUACUUACUUGCGCUAUCUCAAGUGGAAUCCAGAAACGCUCCUGCCUCGCUUUUUCGGUUUCCACGCCAUGAAGAUGUAUGGUCAAAUUUUCCAUUUCAUCGUGAUGGGAAACUUUUUGAGCACAAAUGAAGUGAUCCACCGCAGAUAUGACGUCAAGGGGUCCUGGGUAGAUCGCAAUGCCCCUGCUUGUGUUUUGGGUGAGAAAUAUCGCUGCUCGAAGUGCAACCGGUUCUUUACAUUUGGAGGUGCACUGGGAGACCCCUGUUUUUUGCCUGGUGAAGAGCACUAUCCCGACAUAACGCUCCGGGACAACGAUCUGAAGAAAAGGCUGAAGCUGGAACCAGACAUAGCAGUAAAGCUUAUGAAGCAACUCACUCGUGACAGCAACUAUCUCGCCAGCGCCGGUAUCAUGGACUACAGUCUUUUAAUCGGCACGCAUUACUCACAAUUUACUAUCUCGACGGAAUACGAGCGAGGACUUUCGCGUCGAAAGUCAGUGGAGCUCAGUGCACACUGUCGUGAUCAAAAACCUGGUGCAAAUGUGCUUGUUGACGUCCACGACAAUACUCGUUCCGCGAAUGAAGACGAUGUCGUCCAGGAGGGCACUAGACUGUCCGAAUCUGCAGACGAAUCCACAGGAUCUCGUCUCUCCGAUACGUCGCAAGGCCCGUAUUCAGGCGAACGUGCAGUGUACCGUAAGACUCAUGCCUACCGCGCACACCAAGUAGCGGGACCGAGCAAGUACUAUUUCGGCCUCGUAGACAUUUUGCAGGAGUGGACAGUUGCCAAGCAGAUUGAGCAUGCUUACAAGGUGCGUGUGCUGCGCAAGUCGCGGGACGGUGUUUCGGCGAUCCCACCAAAGCCUUAUGCUCGACGCUUCCAGCGCAAAAUGAAGCAGUUGUUCAUUACGAUGCCGAUGCACUCGCUUGAGUCUUUCGAUGACGACGAUGUCCCCAGCGGAAUCCAUGCCUACGAAGUGUAA